AUGCCUGUAUUCACCGAGUACUCUGCGGCGUCGCGGGAACUGCGUGUGCUUCCCUCGUUUGCCCCACCAUUGCCCCGCCUCUCGUCACCCUUUGCUCGUGUCGACCAAGCAGACAAAUAUGAAGUGGUCAUUGUUGGCGCUGGUCCAGCGGGACUCAUGCUGAACUUGCUCCUGGCACGAUACGGACUAAGCGACGACUCGCUGCUCUGUGUUGAUGCGAAGCCCGGAACCCUCAAAUCAGGUCAAGCCGACGGUCUGCAACCUCGCACUUUGGAAGUGCUGAAGUCCCUCGGAGUCGUAGACGAGAUCAUUAACGACGGAUGUCACAUGGAAGAGGUGGCAUUUUGGAACCCUUCCGCUAACAAGGACGAGAUAAUCGAAAGAACAUCGAUAGUCCCCGAUGUUGCCGUUCCAGCGCGGUACCGGCAUGAAGUGACUAUUCACCAAGGUCGAAUCGAACGGAUUCUAGAGACGGAUUUACUGCGGUAUUCAAAGCGUGGUGUCCAGCGUAAUACUAAACUUCUUGAUGCCCGGAUUGAUGAAGCUGGAAAUCCUGAGUUCCCUGUUGUUGCUGACCUAGAAACGGAUGGGCAGCGCAGAACCGUGCGCGCGAAGCACCUGGUUGGUGCCGAUGGGGCGCAUUCGAUGGUCCGUCGGUGCAUGGGACUGCAGCUUGUGGGCGAGUCGUUAGAUCAUAUCUGGGGUGUGGUCGAUCUGGUCGUGGAUACAGAUUUUCCGGACAUCAGGAGACGGUGCGCCAUUCAUUCACCAGCGGGCUCAGUGAUGGUCAUUCCGCGUGAGCGUAUUGCUACUGGUGAAUAUUUGACUCGUCUUUAUGUCCAGGUGCCCGAGGAAGCUACGCCAGACCUGGACCAGGUUCCCGUCAAUGAGACUACCACUCCAAAGGCUGAUGCUCGGGCUCGGAGAAGUAAGGUUACCUUAGAAAGCAUCUUCCAAUAUGCAGAGGAUGCGUUCAAGCCAUAUUAUAUUCGACCGAAAGAGGACGGGGCCGUGGACUGGUGGGCCGCGUACCAGAUCGGCCAGCGAGUAUCAGAUAACUUUACGGUCAAGGACUCCAAGGGAGUUAACCGGGUGUUCAUUGUAGGAGACGCGUGCCAUACUCACAGUCCCAAGGCUGGACAAGGAAUGAAUGUUUCCAUGAUGGACUCAUACAACCUAGCGUGGAAACUAGCCUAUUCCAUCAAUGGUCUUACCCCAGAUUCUGCAUUAUCCGGGAAACCUGAUUCCCUCUUAGACACGUAUCAUGUAGAACGCCACACCAUCGCGCAGGAACUCAUCGAAUUCGACCGUGCGUUUUCAUCCAUGUUCUCAGGCAAGAUAGGGUCUGGAGAGGAUGGCGUGGAAGGUCUAACCCAUGACCAAUUCCUUGAGGUCUUCAGCACUGGAAACGGGUUUACCAGUGGCUGUGGUAUUGAAUACCCGGAAAACUUGACCGUGGAGAAGGAGCUAGGACAAGAUAUCAAGAACCCAGUCAUUGGCACAGACUACCUCUCCGGAAUUCUGCGUCCGGGAAGGAGACUAUUGGACGUACGGCUCAAAAGACAUGCCGAUGGGAACCGGCGUCAUCUGCAAGAUGAUUUCCUUUCAACCGGACGAUUUCGAAUUCUUUGCCUUACCUCAUCAGACUUGCUAGAUCCUGAGGGAAUAUCUGCUAAGACGUUGAGAUCCCUUGGAGCCUCUGUUAUCCCACACUUCCCAGCCUCCACGCUUGAGCAGGUGGUUAUCCACCCUCGUCUUAACAAGACCUUCACAUGGCGCAAUGUGCCUCAGGAGCUUAAGAAACACUCCGAGAUGCGGUUCCACAGCGGCUAUGACAUCGACGAUGUUUAUAAAAUCUACGGUGUGGACCCAGCCCAGGGAGCCUUGGCCGUAAUUCGGCCUGAUGGAUAUGUUGGGACAAUUGCAGCGUUAGACGACGUAAACCGGAUUGAGAGUCAUCGGACGUUAGGUACUGGACCUGCCAGACCACGGUCUUCGACGUCCUCUACUCUCAACUCUGAGCCGCAUCUACCAACCACUGAAGCGUUCCGUCCAGGUACUGCACGCUCAACGGAGAGAUCCAGCUCAAGAACUAUACAGAAUGUCUCGCAUAAUGGUGGAGCUGGCACCGGACAAAAUCCCGACGAUCAAUCUGUACUCCACAGUAGUGUUGCAACUGAACAUGGUGCAGUGGUCCUCGAGGACGGGGCACCACAAAGUGAAAAGAAUGGAAACGAACAUGGUCUUGAGGCUGUGAGAGACCCAAAAGAGCGGGGGACUGACUUGGAAAAGGGUGCUCAGCCUACAUCUAGCCUAGGGAAGUCAAACAGUCCACAGGACUCCAAACUAGUUACAUGGUCUGGUCCUGACGACCCUGACAACCCUAAGAAUUGGCCAACGAAGAAGAAAUGGGGAGCUGUUUUGAUCGUAUCCUGUUUUACGUUUAUCUCCCCGGUGAUGUCGUCUAUGGUUGCACCUGCAUUACAAACCAUGAAGUCCGAAUUCAAUAUUGAAGAUGAAGUGACCUCCCAACUCAUGCUGUCCAUUUUCGUCCUGGCGUAUGCAUUUGGCCCGCUAUUCCUUGGGCCCUUAUCCGAGAUCUACGGAAGAGUCAUUGUUUUACAGCUUGCGAAUCUAUUUUUCCUUAUUUUCAACAUCGCCUGUGGCGUAUCUAAAACUGCGGCGCAGAUGAUCGUCUUUCGGUUUCUGGCUGGUCUAGGCGGCAGUGCCCCUUUAGCCAUAGGUGGCGGUGUCCUCUCUGACUGCUUCCUACCGGAAGAACGCGGUAAAAGUAUUGCUAUCUAUAGCUUAGCACCUCUCCUCGGCCCAGCUGUGGGCCCGAUUGCUGGCGGCUUCAUCGCAGAAAGGACAACAUGGAGAUGGGUAUUCUACGCCACGUCCAUCGCUGAUGGUGUCAUCCAAGUCAUGGGUCUUUUCUUCUUGCGCGAGACAUAUGCCCCCAAGAUCCUCAGGACACGAGCGAAAAAGCUCCGCAAAGACACAGGAGACGCCUCCUACGAGACCGAAGCUGAGCGACAGAACAAGACUUUACCUGAGGUUCUAAGAACAGCGCUUGUUCGCCCGUUCCGCCUUCUCGCAACACAACCCAUCGUCCAAGCCCUUGCGAUAUAUAUGGCCUUCGUGUACGGUAUCUUAUAUUUGAUGUCAUCGACAUUUCCGGCCCUAUGGACUAGCCCGGAGUACUAUAAUGAGUCCACUGGCAUUGGCGGUCUAAACUACAUAUCUCUUGGGAUAGGGUAUUGCCUGGGCUCUCAGAUCUGUGCACGGCUCAAUGACCUCAUCUAUCGCCGUCUCAAAAGCCGCAACAGCGGUACAGGAAAGCCGGAAUUCCGCACCCCGCUACUAUCUAUUGCCGCCAUCCUCAACCCAGUUGGCCUUUUCAUCUACGGAUGGACCGCGCAAACCCACUGUCACUGGAUUGUCCCGAACAUCGGUGCCAUGCUCCUGGCUAUGGGCAACAUAGUUGCCAUGCAGUGUAUCCAGACCUACAUUGUCGAUGCCUACACGCGAUUCGCAGCUAGUGCGAUGGCCGCUGGUUCAUUCUUGCGCUCCAUUGCUGGGUUUGCGUUUCCACUUUUUGCGCCAUAUAUGUACCAGGCGUUGCAUUAUGGGUGGGGGAAUAGUUUGUUGGCUUUCAUAUCGAUUGCCAUUGGUAUCCCAGCCCCGAUCUUCUUGUGGAAGUAUGGGGAGACGAUGAGGAAGAUGAGUACCUAUGCUGCGGGUUAA